AUGCACUGCUUUAUGAGAGACUACAACAAUUGCGUAGGCAAAAGUAUGAUUAGCCAAUUUAUUGUGAGCAAUGUAAAAGGGAUAAAAAGAAGAGAUAGGCAUGGUUUCUCCGUUUUUAGUGCUAUUAUUGAUAAUAAUGCAAAUGAAUAUAAAUAUAUGUUUAAUAAAAGAAGAAAUUACUACAGCUGGCCCUCUUACAGUUUGAAAUUCAUGGGAGGAAAUAAAAAAAAAUCGAAGAAAAAUGUUGAUAUAACACACAUAUACGCACGAAAGACCGUGUUAUAUUUAAAUAGCAAUCUGUUUUUCUCGACAAAUAAAAAAUUAAAUAUUAUAAACCCACAAAAGAUUAGAAAUGUAGCUAUUAUUGCACACGUAGAUCAUGGAAAGACAACUCUUGUUGAUAAAUUAUUAAGGCAAGGAGGAGAAGAACAAAUUAAUGAUAGAGUAAUGGAUCAUAAUGAUUUAGAAAAAGAGAGAGGUAUUACUAUAAUGUCAAAAGUGACAAGAAUAAAAUAUGGUGAUUACUUUUUUAAUAUUGUUGAUACACCUGGACAUUCAGAUUUUGGUGGAGAAGUAGAAAGAGUUUUAAAUUUAAUUGAUGGGGUAUGUUUAAUUAUUGAUGUAGUGGAAGGCCCUAAAAAUCAAACAAAAUUUGUAUUGAAAAAAUCAUUGUUGAAUCCGAAAUGUAAAAUUAUUGUAAUUAUGAAUAAAUUUGAUAAGCCAAGUAAUAUUAAAAAAAAAGAAGAAAUUGAAAAUGAAAUAUUCGAUUUAUUUGCAGAUCUCAAUGCACCUGAUGAAUUAAUGAAUUAUCCUAUUCUUUAUGCAUCAGCAAAAAAUGGAUGGUGUACCGAUAACUUUGAUGACGCAAAACAAAAUAAAUGUGAACAUAAUAACGUCCUAGUUAUAUUUAAAAAAAUUAUAGAUUACUUUGAUGCCCCACUUACAUCGUCCAUUGUGCCCCCUGACCAUUCUGAUGGUAACACAAAAGCGGAAGUAGAUACACAGGUUAAAAGCGAUGAGAUCAAUUGCAACAUCAACGGCGUAAUCAACAGUGAAGGAAGCACGUGCAUUAACAGUUGUAGUAACGAUGUUGAUGAGGACAGCAAACGGAGGAGCGAAAUUAUGAAGGAGCCCUUCAGUCUGCUUGUAAGCCUUAUAGAUCACCAAGAAGGGGUAGGUGUAACAGUCACAGGGAAAAUAUAUAGCGGAGUUAUAAAAAAAGGAGAUACAAUAAUUGUGAAAAAUGAAGAAAAUAAAAUAAGAGGAAAUUGCGUAAUAAAAAAUAUAUUUUAUAUGAAAGGAAGAAAAAUAGAAAAUGUUAUUUCUGCUAGUGCUGGAGAUAUUGUAAAUAUUUCCUUUUCGAAAGGAAUCAUACCUUCAGUUAAUGAUACUUUAUCAUCUAAUGAAAAGGUUCCUAGUUUAAAAGCUAGACCUAUAGACCCACCUGUACUUUGCUUAAAAAUUUCUCAAAAUACAAGUCCUCUAACAGGUAAGGACGGAAAGCAUAUUACGCUGUCAUCCAUUGGAAAUAGACUUAAAAAAGAAGCGGCCAUAAAUGUAGCUAUAGAAAUUAAUGAGUCUGAAAAAAAAGAUAGCUACGAAGUAAAAGGGAGAGGAGAAUUACAAUUAGGUAUUCUAAUUGAAAAGUUAAGAAGAGAAGGUUACGAAAUGACAAUAUCUUCACCAAAUGUUGUAUAUACUAAAGAUGAAAAAGGAAAUUUAUUAGAGCCAAUUGAAGAAUUUCAUAUUACAAUUCCAUCUUUGAUGAGUUCAAAUGUAAUUGAAAAAUUAAAUACUAGAAAAGCCGAAAUUAUAGAUAUUGUAAAUGAUAAUGAUAACACUUUUAUUAAGUGUAUAUGUCCAUCUAGAAAUUUUUUUGGCAUGAGAUCUUAUUUGCGUGAUAUAAGUAAAGGUACUUCCAUAAUUAAUUCUGAACUAAAGGAAUAUAAAAAAAAGCAAACAUCUUUUAAAGGUGAUAGAAAUGGAGUUAUCAUAUCUUCAUCAAAUGGAACAACCACUGCCUUUUCAUUAGAUCCCAUUCAAUUAAAAGGUUUUUUAUUUGUCAAUGAAAAUUUCCCCACGUAUGAAGGUAUGAUAAUUGGUGAACACUUCUUAAGUAAUGAUAUUGAAAUGAAUGCUGUUAAGAUAAAACCGGUACAGCAUUUGAGAAAUAAAGGGCAUGAAGAAACCAUCCGAAUAAACCACAAACAAAUAACUAUUGAAUAUGCCCUUUCAUUUAUUCAGGACGACGAAGAAAUUGAAGUCACUCCAAAAAGAAUUGUUAUGAGGAAAAAAAUUCUCAACACGGAAAUGAGAAAAACAGCGAACAGAAAGAUCAAAAAUUCGUAA